AUGAGCUCACGGCGUGUGGGUGCGGGCUCUCGCCGUAGCAGCUCUAGCCGCAAGCAGGCGCUAGAGGAGAUCAAGCGUAUGCGUGACGGCGUCGAAGCAGAGGAGACCACCAGCUCGAGUCGUCUGGCGCAGUAUAAGCCCCAGGAAGAGAGUAUCUACAAGGCCGUGACGGAUCAGGAGUACGAGGAGCUGGUGCGUCAGCGUCGUCAGGGUCUGCCCUUCGUUGAGAAUGACGACGGAGAGAUGGGCUACUAUGACGAUGGAGAGGAACAGUUCUUUGAGUCCGACCCGGAGGACACGGGAGCAGCUCAAGACGAAGAUGACUCCGCUGCCGGUAAGAAACGCAGCGCUGGCGCCUUGUCCUCGUCCUACGUCCGACGAGCUAAGAAGAUGCAACGUGCCAAGCUCGGAGGAGGAGAAGGACAGAAGAUUACUAACAUGUUCUUCUCCGCAUCCUCCAACAAGACUAAGACCAAUGGCGCAGCCCCUGGAGGAGUCAAGAGAACGACCGCUAAGAGAGAUAUCGAUCUCGACAGCAUGCUAGACGAUCUCACAAGCAACCCCACAGAGUCAAGGGCAGCGUAUGCGAGACCCAUGUCGUACGCGACGGGAUCUUCGACGUUCUCAAGCGGGACGUCGUCAGGCUUCACUGCCAGGAAGCCGUUCUCAGCCAAUACCUCAUCCUUUAUGAGUAAGGAUAACACUGCUGAACCUGCCAAGCCGAUUAUGAGUAAACGAGAGAUGAUGCUGCGGAAAGCGCGUGAACAACGUCUACAGACUUCGGCGCCUACUGCCAGAGCGCUGGCUGCCCCUGUGGAGCAGAAAUUACCGGAAGAUGGGAUGACGAGCUCUGUGCCUUCGAAUGAAGUGGCUGAAUGGUGGCACGUUGCAGGUGAUGAUGAUGCCAACGUCUCUAUGGCUGAUGCCUCAGCGGACGAUGCAGAACCCGAAACUUUACCGAGUGCUGCAGACUCGAUCCAGAUGUACUGGAUGGAUGCAGUUGAAGUCCGUGAACGACCAGGCAAGAUCUACCUGAUCGGUAAGAUGAAGAUCCCGAGCCCUGAAGGCUCUAACCAGCCGCCCACGUUCAGAAGUUGCUGUGUGGUGGUGAACAACUUGCAGAGAUACAUGUACCUUGUCCCCAAGGGCACCCCACUGAUCGAACUGAGUAACACGGAGCAGCAAGAAGCGUGGAUGAAGAUGCAUGAGGAGAUCCACAAUAUCCUGAUCCCAUCGUGUAUCACUAACAGACGUGACCAGGAGGUUUUCAAGACGAAACUGGUGGAACGCAAUUACGCCUUUGAAGAGGCGAACAUUCCACGUGGUAAGAACCAGUUCCUGAAGGUAAAAUACCCGGCUAAAUACCCAGCCCCGCCGUCGGACUUUUGUUCGCGUGGCGGCAAGACUUUCUCGCGUAUUUGUGGAGCUUUCACUAGACCUCUGGAGAAUUUCCUGCUUACUCGUCGGCUGUUGGGGCCAGGAUGGGUGGAGAUCAAGGGUGUACGCAAGUGCACUGAGGGUGUCAGCUUCUGCAAGAUGGAGUUCGAGACUUUUGACCCCAAGAACGUCAGUCCUAUCGCCGGUGGAAUGUCUCCACCUCCUCUGAGCGUGAUGAGUCUCAGUCUCAAGAGUGUGUGCAAUCCUAACACUGGCAAGCACGAGGUGGUUGCGCUUUCAGCGAUCACUGAGACAGGAAUCAGCUCUGAGGGUGCUGGCAAGGGAACCAAGGGCGCAAAACACACCCUGUCACACUUUACUGCUAUUCGCCCGCUCGAUGAAAACCACGGCUUCCCUCAGGCCUACGCCGAGGCAGUUCAAAGAGAUGACCGCUUUGGUAUGAAAAUGGAAAAUGGAGCGCUCGGAAUCAACAGCGAGCGAUUGCGGGUGGAGAUCAACGAGCGUGUCAUGCUCAGCUACUUCCUCACGCGUGUUCAGCUAGAAGACCCGGACGUGAUCGUUGGCCACAAUUUGCACAAGUACGCGUUGGAGUUGCUGAUCUCGCGUAUCGACAACUUUAGACUCGGUGGACUUUGGUCAAAGCUCACGCGUCUUCGUCGUGGUCGUCUCAACCCCAUGAAUGUGGGCGAAGGCUGGAACGAGUACAGGAUGGACGACAUGGUGAACGGCCGGCUUUUCUGUGAUACGUACGUGUCGUCGAAGGAGUUGCUGCCGUCGCAGAACAACUACACACUCUCGUACUUGGUAGAGCGACUUCUACACAAGCAGCGAUUGGACGUUGAGAUGACUGAGAUUCCUCAAAUUCUUCUUGGUGGGCCCGACAAUUUCGUCAAGUUCCUUCGCCAUACGCUUGAUGACGCUAUGUUUGUGCUUCAUUUGAUGCACAAACUCGAGAUCCUGCCGCUGUCCAAGCAGCUUGCGAACUUGUGUGGGUACAUGUGGACGCGUACGCUCGAGGCGAACAAGCGUGCAGAACGAAUCGAAUACUUGCUGCUUCACGAGUUCAGCCGUUCGAAGAAUAAAUUCAUCGUGCCGGAGAAGUUCAAGAGCAGAACUGAAGCUGACAAGUCCAACAAGAGACGAGAAGCGUCUUAUGCUGGUGGUAUGGUGUUCGCCCCCAAGAAGGGACUCUACGACAACUUUGUGGUGCUGCUGGAUUUCAUGAGUUUGUAUCCGUCCAUCAUCCGAGAGUACAAUAUCUGCUUCACUACUGUGGAGCGACAGCUGAACGAAGAUGUGUCUGGAGCGCCGUCAUCUAUAAAGAAGAAAAAGAAGUCGAAACCGAUGCCUCAGCCUGAGAAUGAUGAGGUAGUGGACGACGAAGACAUGGAUCAAAACCUUGAUAAUGCUGACGCCAGUGCUGACUCGGAGAUUCCAGCUCUACCGAGUAGCGCGAGCGAACCUGGUGUUCUGCCUGCUGUGAUCAAACGCUUGCUGGAAUCCCGCAAGCAAGUGAAGCAACAGCUUAAAAUUGAGCAGAAGGAGGGGAACGUUGAGAAGGCCAACAUGCUCGAUAUUCGUCAAAAGGCUAUCAAGCUGACGGCAAACUCCAUGUACGGCUGUUUGGGUUUCCGCUUCUCGCGCUUCUACGCCAAGCCCAUCGCUGCGUUGAUUACAUCGACUGGUCGACAGACUUUGCAGCGUGCCAAGGAGGUGGCUGAGCAGGAAUGCGGCUACGAUGUGAUUUACGGUGAUACGGACUCCAUUAUGGUUGAUUCGCGGACCGAAACUCUAGACGAGGCGAAGCGCAUUGGUCGUGAGAUUCAGGCUCAGUGUAACAAGCAUUUCAAGCUGCUGGAGCUAGAAGUGGACUACAUUUUCAAGCGGAUUCUGCUGCUGAACAAGAAGAAAUACGCUGCCUUAGUGAUGAAGGAACGACCUAACAGCGAACCUACGUUCGACAAGGAAGUCAAGGGUCUUGACAUGGUGCGUCGUGAUUGGUGCGUCAUCUCAAAGGCGGUGGGUAACGAGGUUCUCGACUUCAUCUUGUCUGGAAACUCGCGUGACGAUGUGGUGGAGAGUAUUCACGAACAUCUGGAGCAAGUGGCGGAACGUAUGCGCUCUGGAAAGGAGCCCAUUGAGCAGUACGUCAUCACCAAGAGCUUAAACAAGCAACCUGAGCAAUAUCCGGAUCGUGCCAAGCAAUACCAUGUCCAAGUAGCGCUCGCUUUGCGUGCUCUAGGCAAGCCAGUCGGAGCAGGCACGCACAUCGCAUACGUGCUGUGCAAGGAGGAAGAGCCUGGAAGUGGUCGUCGUGCCUACCACCCGGACGAAGUGAAGCGCGCGAACGGGAAGCUCAACAUCGACGUCGAGUGGUAUCUGGAGUCCCAGAUCCACCCACCAGUUAACCGUUUGUGUGCUCACAUUGAAGGAACUUCAAGUCCACAGCUAGCACACUGUUUGGGUCUGGACACAGCCAAAUUCUCGCAUUCGGCCAACCAUUUCGAAGAGAAUGACGGCGGUGACGCCAUUCCUAGUGUUCUGCAGAAUGACGCAGACCGAUUCAAGGACUGUGUUCCGUUGGAGAUCACUUGUGACCGAUGCAAGAUGGCGAGCGCGUUCCCCGGCGUGUUCGGUACUUCUGAAAAGGACAGCUCGCUAGCGAGCGGACUGCUUUGUCCUGUGUGCAAGGCAGACUUCUGGGGCUUCGACAAGGAGGGAAUCUACGGAAACGUGGGCGAUGAUCUCCAGGCUGUGCUGUCGAAUCGACUUCACAUCGCGACGCGACAAGCGACGAAGAAAUACUACGAGGCAUGGGCAGUGUGCUCAGACGUGACGUGCAAGACGCGGACUCAAAAGCAAUCGCUUCGAGGGAACGGAAAUAUCUGCUCAGCUGCUGGUUGCAGGGCUACAACGACGCUCGAGUACCCGGACAGUGCCUUGUACACUCAACUCAAGUAUUUCGAAUCUCUGUUUGAUGCUGAGCGAGCUCAAAAGAAGAUCCGAGAGCAGAAGGAGCGCGUUACAAGCACGACCACUGUGACGGAGCCCCCUCCGCUUUCUGAACGUCACCGUGCUGUGCUGCAGAAAUUGCUGUCUCAAGCUGAAGAGGCUGUCCACCGUGAUGACUAUAAUUGGGUCAAACCUUCCAUUUGGCAGACAUUGUUUACGUAGGGACCCCUCAGUCUUCCAGGCUGUGGUGCGGGAGGUUAUAAUGCAUAGAAAAUGGUGUUCCACUCA